AUGCAGCAUGUACGUGUCGGCAUAAGGAAAUGUCUAGCUGAGUGCUAAGCAUGUGGCUGCGGGGUUAGAGAUGGAAUGGGCGGGUGCAGGAAAACAAGGGCACAUGCACACCAAAAGAGAACGUUCGAAGUGCUUGAGGCGCCGAAAGUUUGCAUGCGCAGUCACUACUAAUCGUUGAUGAAAAAUAGACGUGACAGCUCAGGUCUGAGCGGUUGUUGUUCGUCACCCGUGCGUCUAUAGGUUAGUGCGGCUGUCGCGGUCACUGGAUGACAAAGAGGCGCCGCAAAAGGAGGCACAGAAGCGACUGCUCUAGACCCUCCAGUGAAAACUGUAGUUAAGCCACAUUCUUAAUGGAAUAUGAUUUCCGUCUUUGAGCUUCGCAAUCAUGUCCAAAAAUAGCAACAAAAUGAGUUUUUACAGCAGUAAUUAACGCGAUUGUGAAGUCAUCGGAAUGUGUGAGCCACUCAAACUGCUGCAAGGAAAAGAAACACCAACCACAAAAACAUUAGGGGAUUUGACUCAUUUUUAAAGAUUAAUGAUCACAUUGAAAUACAUUUAUAGCUCCCAUUGAAAUAGCCCAAACGGCAAGUUUUUUUGUGCAUAGCAAACCAUUUUCCUUUGAAUAUAGGACCCUCAAAGACGCAUAUCAGUUUUCUAUCUAUAAACUAGUAUGGUAUGAACGGGGAAUGCAACUGGUAAUACCAAAAGUGCCGCAGCAAACUAAAAAAUGAAAAUGGGUGAUUAGAGUGAAUAAAAUAGUUCGUUCAAUUUCAAGGACCUAUUUUUGAUUUCUAAUAAGCGUCCAGUGCAUGAUUGAAUGACACGGUCAUAAUAACACGUAUGGAAGGAAAUUCAUCUAUUCCCUAGGUAGGGAAUUCAAAGUUCAAUCUUCAAAGCGAAUUUGAGUGAGAACUUGCUGACACAGACGCUUACCACAUUGUCUCCGCGCCGAUAUCAGCGAUAGUUUAUCUGCACACAUACCUCAACCGGUAAUUACAGUUGCACGCUGGAGGUUGGUUUCUGAGUUUUGUCAGAUUACAGACAUCUUUUCAUCAAAUGGAAUAAUCGCAGAACUCUUAUUGCCUCGGGCCUUAAAACUUUGUUUUAAAGUUAACUAAAAACCAUCUUAGAUCGUAGAUCAUGUAGACCAUAAAGGCUAUAAACUGGGUAAUCUAUUUCCCGCUCAAAGCAAUCUAGCGGUUCCCUGAAGCAAAAGUUUCGUGAAAACUCUCACUCAUACCUAAAUCUCAACUUUUGACUGUGUACUUUGCCAAAAUUAGUGAGUAUAUAUAUAUAUGUUUUAGCAGAUCCGAAUAAUUCACUGUCUUUGCUGUCGUAGGUUCGGACUCUACCGAGAUCGCCAAAUUUUCCACAAUUUGGUCUAAUGGAUAUCCUCAUAUGUCGUCGAAACGCCCAACAUAUGUCUGUUAGGGGUGUGGGUUAACUGAAACUGGUCGCCUUAUUUGGUAGCGAGAGUCAUCAAACAAAAGGGGUGCGUAAUAAACAAAGACAACAGUUGUACCCGAGAUCCAAAUUAGCAUAGGUAAGCGGGACCACCUAUUCACUUGUUUUGUUUGGUCAUGGACUGUCAUUUCAUAAAGCGCGGAGGGCAGAUUGCCAGCGAGAAUAACGACAGCUUCUCCUUAAGGAAUUGACACGACGCCUAUGACAUAUCUGUAUUUGCAGAACAUAGUGAUGGCGUGUUAGGCUUCGCAGAUCACAUUUGACUCAAACGGCUAGUGAAGCCGUUCGACAACGGCUGAAUAGAUGGCGAUCAUAACUACGUCUUCAGAUUUCCUGUUCCAUCGGUUGAUAGCGUGAGAACGCCUUUUAAUCGAGCUAGUGCGACACUCACUGUGUGCCUAAUGCCAGUGUGCGCGGAGCUUACGCGUGCUUAUCCUGUCAGUCAUCUUUCCAGUUUACCGUAGUCUCAACGCAGUCGCUUUAACUCUGCUGGAACGCUGAAAGCCCUUGCCAAUUAAUUAAUUGUUGUUUGGCUCCGCACUUUCCAGUUCCUCGGUGCCACUGACUUAAUGUGACACUGGUCCUCAACUAAACACUUACUGUUUAGGGAAAUAAGGAGGUUGUGUAAUUUACGACAACUAUUCAGUGCCAUGACUACAACGCCUAGACACUGCCCUGAGAUAAUGACCCCCUGAUCGUAACAUAUGCUUUGAAGUGACGUCCACUAGCCUAAGUAAAUAUUCCAAGUUCGCGACCCUACGCACCGGCGGACUUCGAUGUUUAGAUUGAGACAGACAUGAGGCGCCAAAAUUCCCAUCCGUCCAUUGCAAUAUCUCACGGUAUGCGCGACGCAAUUGCUCAAGCUAACGUAGUCAAAACGUUAAUGUGAUAAACGACAAUUUACCAGCGAUUUGGAUCAGGGAAAGCAAUUUCCAUUACGCAAGUGCCAAUGGAACUCCACAGAAAGGCGGUAAAUCAGGAGACCUACCGUCAGUGCGUACAUCUGCCCUGUCGACUGGAAUUUUCCAGAUGCCCGUUACCACAUUCCCACACGCCGUAGGUACUGAGAUCUUUCAUGAUAAGUCGAUGUUGUGUGACGUUGCUGGUGUUCUGGAAGACUGCCACCACACUGUUGCAUUGAUCCCUAGAGUUUCCACUGCGGUCAGGCGUUUUUGAAGUACGAAUUAUCAGUCAGAAAUCCCCAUGGUCUAGGGUUCAACGGGUUUUGCUGGUCCAGCAGCGUAUAGGGGUGGUCGCGAACGAUUCUCCAGAACUACUAACUGCCUCUGAAGCUUGCUAGGAUGCCAUAAACGACAAACUUUCCAUUCUUGAGGAAGAAAUGUCAAUUGGAUGCCAUUAAACACGCAAGCUGAUUUAAGAUCUUCAUUUAAAUGAUAUGUAGCGGACUACCUAAGACUGCUACGAGGGAACUUGCGUGUCUGAUGUCUACUUUGUUUACCUUGUUUCGCUUGAUAUUAGCAGUAUUUUACAAACAGGCACCCAUGUCCGACCUAAGCUCCGAAAAGAGAGAAUUUGAUCGGCAGCUAUAAUCGGCGUUAGUUGUUGAGCAAUCGACAUGAGCCCUAAAAUAAAUUUUCCAAAACAAGGAUAACCGCCCUGAGUUUCGCGUCUCCAUGGUUAGGAUAAUGUUACUUUUGGGUCAGUAAGCAGUUUAUGUUACUUUAAGCCAAAGUUUUAGACAAACUUGAAUGGUAGAAAGAAAAUCGGGCUUUGAGUGAACCAGACACAUGCGACUCAUUCGAUACUGUCAAAGCAUCAUACUGCUACUGUUAGGCCUUUUUAUUGGCCUAAAUCGUAUAGUCAUCCUAGUUAUUCUUAUUUCUAAUGAUCAGUAACUAUCUUCCUCUCAAAUAAUCUGAAGUAUGCGAAAAUUGUUUCAUGCCCAUCCAGCCUUUUAGGCUGUCCACCAAGCACGAUAUAGUUGUUGGAAGCGAUGUAGUACCAGUAUUUACUCUAGCGUUUCCAAGAUAAGGACUCUAUUUUCCACAAGUACGAGGCUUCCUUAGUUCCAUGCUCAUGUCUUCUUAUUUUCCAAAUCUCACUGAGACGUGCCACCAAAACUGUUGUGUCGUACUCAUGGGCGAGUCGGGUAAACCUUUAGCUUUCUUACUUAUAAAGUAUAACUCAAUGACUUUAAUAGCUGAUGGCUGGCAUAGAAAAGGCCUUCACCGGCCUUCCCCGUUUCACUGGCGGUAGAAAAAAUGUAUACCGAUUUAUCUAUUUGAUUACUGUUCUCAGAUUGUCUACUAGCAACAACAAACUAGGCCUGCUGCUUUUGCUAUAUUUUACUACCCCCUGAAAGAGUUCCAGUCAGUUUAGUAUUGUGAGAUCUCCUUUAUUGGGUCAUUUGCUUGACUUGUCACCGUCGAAGCAGUUUAUUUCCGGACAGAAACGUGAGAAUAAGCACACCAAGUCCAUCAAUUCCGCAAUUUGAAAUUUGACAGCAGUGACGGCGGUGGUGGUGGUGUCGGAGAGGUCUGAUGAGCUAGUUUCCUGUCCCGGGAUUUUAUUGCGUUUCUCACAGUGCGGUACUUCCACGCGUCGUUCUUGAAACCCAUCGUUCCACUGUUUUUUGUCAGUAUUUAUUGCUGUCUUCUUGCACAAGAGAUAUAAUGGUACAUCAUUUGAAGUACAGGCGAGGUCAGUUCGUCAAAUUACAGAAAUAGACACUCCACUUACGUUGCUACUUAUCUUAACUAACAAAAAGUGCAUCCAGAGGUGUUUUGGCAGAUUUCAAAUAAUUAACUUUGACCCAGCUGUGAAAAACUCGGUGCCUCGGUGGGAUUCGAACCCGCGACAGCGAGGGGAGGCUUCAGUACAGCCAACCGAGUUUUUCACAGUUGGGUCAAAGUGAAUUAUUUGGAAUCUGCCAAAACACCUGAAUUACGUUAGCCUGGUAGUCAUCUGGUGGAUUUUUGGUAUGUUACUUAGGAAAUCCUGCUUGGGCAGUCAGCUUACUCUAUCAGAUUUGGUGGAUUCCAGACGUUGCAGUAGGUUGGGCGGCUAAACGUAACCCGAAUGUGAUUAAACUGGCGUCGUCCGGUGGAGCCUCGUAACUCAGAUGGUUAGAGCGUUGGCUGUACUGAGCCCCCCCUUGCUGUCGUGGGUUCGAAUCAUACCGAGGCACCGAGUUUUUCGCAGUUGGGUCAAAGUGAAAAAGUGCCUCCCUGCGCUUGUUUGGUGACUUUGGUAAAUCGCGUUUAUGAGUUCCGAUUAAGAAGCGAGUGGACCAUCUAGAAAUGGUAACACCGAAGUCUGCAACCAAACGUUCUGCAGAGCAUUGCGGUGCAAUCUGUAUAAUUAACUGGACAAUUUUAAUACAGAACCACAACAUGGAGGCACCUCAUGUUUUCACGACUUAUUCUUCAAUAAAGUUGAAGUCCCGCCACCGGUCAAAUGUUAGUAUAGUUUUUGGAUUAAUUCCUUCAACGGAACUUUCGCCGCCAACAUUAUCUGCUCUCUAAGGAUUUGCACAUUUCCACUAUUCGACCGCAUUGAUAGACCAUCGCUGAUUCAGAUGUCAUGCGACUUCAGGAUUGGGUACAGUAUCUGGACGUCCCUUGCGAAGCUGCUUUAUCAUAUUUUCUGCCUAACUAUUAUCUUACAUGUCAGAAUAUACAUUAUUCUUAACCUCCUUCGCAGCAUAAUUUAUAGUUGUUAACUACGUAGGUCGGCCGCAAUUAGAUAUCAUAUUAUAUCAAGUACCCGUAGAAAGGGGCAAGUCCCUCCUCACAUUCUGCUUUUUUGAAACACAGUAUGCAUACGGCUGCUGGAAGAGCAUCAGCUUAUAUCUUAUUUUGCCACUAAGUAGUCCUUACAACAUACAAGGAGCAAAUAGUAAUAUUUUCUUCCGUCCAUUUAGGCUCAUUGAUGUCCACAGACAUUGCAAAUGCGACUGAAAAAACGCCAAUUUCACCUCCCAUGCCUGCCGACCAAUGGAAUGCCUCUGACAUCCACAACGAAAAUCCCCCAGUUGAUGCGCAGCCAUCGUCAAAGUCUAAGCGGCAUGUCCGCUUUCCCGAAGACGAUUCUCUAGUUGUUGGCUACUUGGAUCCCUUUGUACCUAGUAGGCUAUCAACUGUUAACAUAUUUACGUCUCUUUUUAUGCAGAGUACCAAUAAGUGCGACACCUUAUGCCAUUGGGCUGCAUUGUUUUGGUUUUUUACGCUUUGUUCAGCAAAUUUGAGAUCCUAAAUUGCUGGCUUCAGUGACCGACAUCCUAAGCUGAACCUACCUCAAAAUAACCACUACCAGUAUAUCUCCUAUGGAGACGAUUGAUCCACCGAAAGCAUUUGAUUUCACCGACGGUACUGCACACCCAAUCAAUGAUUUCGGUACAUAGCACCUGAUUUGAUUGCAUGUUUGAGAAACGUGCCUUUUUGUACACUUGCCAGCCUAAAGCCUCGUGCUAUGCCUCCCAUAACUUUUCAGCCUUCUGGGCCGGUAGCCAGCAGAUGUGGUUAAGCGGUAUUUUCUGUAAAUUGAAAAAAAACACUUUCCCACAUUGUGACAGCUUCUGAGCUGUUCUAAAAGUUUUGCCUUCUGGCCUUAUCACUUACGUGUUCUAAUGCAUUUUUUGCAAAUCUGACCACAAUCACGUUACAAUUUUAUGAUUAUUUUUAUCGUUUGAUUUUAUUCCCCUUAACUGUUUCGUUGAACAUCCCCAUUUUUAGCUUCUGACAACUGCACUAGUGAUGAACUGAUUUCUGCGUACAUCGCUUCUUGUAAGUACUAUAAGGUGGCCCCAAUUGACUUUCUCUUGGAACAGUUAAAGGCAAGUCCCGCCAUCGAUAUACAUGGAUUAUUCAGGUUUUAUUGUAAAGUUAACUACUUGCAAGUUUUACGACCCACACAAAAGUUCGAUCGGCUUUGCCUUUUUCUCGGUCUGUUUGUGAGCAAACCUGUUCUCAGGCAUUGUUACAUCAGUAUUUACAAGUGCAUCAAGUGAUGAUCGUUGUUCUUUUUCCACACCCAAGCCACUAGUUACCUAGGCAACGGCAGAAUCGGUUGUAGGGACGCACUGCAUAACCGUCACGUUCUCUGUUAGGAUGCUAACUAAUUUCUGUUCCGCGGAACCACUACCACUGGCCGACAAAGUCCCGCUGGCAGUCUAAAGACGUGACCCCUCUCAGCUUAAUUAUAGUACUUUCGCCUUCUUUUUUACCCAUCGUACUCUGUACUGUGUAGGCCAUACUUUAUCGCACCAGGUGUGCCGAUACUAACUACACUAUUAACAUGUGAAAACUAUCCAAACAGCCCCAGUGUUCAGUGUGAUUGCAUUCCAGUCAUUAUGCCACUUGUGGUUUUAAACUGAAUUCCGUUGAUCAACCUGUCGUUUACGUUGUCUUUCUCCACUCCCCGAACUGACGGAACUGCCCUCAGCAGUCCUGAAAUUAACUGUCAUAUCCGUAUUUCUGCGCCCUUUUCACUGACCAAGUUUAUAGUUCAGUCCCACGGUAUAUUAAUGAGCGCCUGCAUUCCUCACUGGUUUAUCGAUUUCUCUUUCUUUCAUCCUCCCAGGGGAUCGACCUGUCAAUCUGCAAUGAGCGCUAUAGCCGACUCAGCCUUAAGGGUACGUUUUUUGAUUAACUGCCGGCUAUUUGAGCCAUUUAAGCCCAAUAAAAGCGAUGCAUUUCAUUAUUUUAUUAGCGGUCGAGAAACAGCUGGUGGGCUAUUGUCGUCACAUUUCAUCGGCCGUCGUCUGGCGGUUAGGCCGUUUCCGGAAUCAGAUCGCUGUGGACCGUUAUCAGCUUCGAACCAUGGCACACACAGAGUCUGCAGAAGCUCUUCGUGUGCGCGCAGUACCAACCGAUGCCAAUGUAGUAUGCUGUCGCCUGUGGAGCAUCGGUUGCAUGUCCCUUACAGUUCCAUCGUUCUCUGCUUUCCGCAUCUCUCGGAAUCAUAAUCACCAAAAUUUCGAUUUUGAAAUGUUUGGACUGCCAGCCAUCAUCAUGCGUAACACAAACAGGACUAAAACUACUAUCCUUGUUGCAGCGUUCCAGAACUACUUUAGCUGAUGGUGUGCCGAAGUUUAGGGAGUCCAAUGCACCUCGUGCAUCAGGCGUAGUGCGAGCACGUACCAGUGCAACAAUGAGCAGUUGCAUGCUUCUGAGGAAUUCUUAUACGCAGUCGGGAAGACGGAUUAUUAGACUACAUGAUCUGCGUUUAGUCAGUUGAGCUUUCUAUUAACCCUGAACAGCUUCUUAGUUAUUUGCUCUAACCUCACCCCCAAAGUAACGAAAUAUAGGCGCCUAGGCUAUGAAAUGAAUGAAGUAUGCAGAGAACCCUACACCGCUGUUUAGUGUGGUCAAGUAGACACUGCUUGGUAGAUGUUUCGUCGAAGACGCGUCUUGUCAUCGACUCGACUUCCUAUCAGCCAUUACAACAGGCUGCAGUUACUUCCGUAAAAUCGUCGGUGAUAUCUCACCUUUACCUUGGUAUUCGGUGGCAUACUUUGGACAGCCUUGUGUUAUCUUCUAACGAAUGUCUCCUCUUGUUUGCGUGAGUUUCAUGACCGGACUGCACUCUGCGUCGUUAGCGCGUCUACGCAGGCACUUUUUCAUCAACCUCACUUGAGCUUUUCGCCCACGACGUCUUUCACACAACAGCAAUAUCCGAGUCAUGUGCUAAGUCGCGCCGGCGCACUCUAAUUGCUUCGUUUAGGCUGCCUGUCUUUUCUGACCUUGUAGCGACCAAUGGCCGCCCGUCUGUAGGCUGCUCUCAAAACACGCAUAAAUUGCUCCAUUCGAGGGGGUCAGCGGCACAAACGCAUUUAUGCAUAGCUUGAUCUCGCACAUCUAGAGAGACGAGCGAGCUAGAUGGCGACGCAAACAUGGUGGCGCCUAACGGCCAUUGCGUUAGCAUAAUUUUGCCAACUCAUACAUACGCAGUCCUUUUUUGCUUUAGGUGUACGCUUUAGCCGUCUGCAAGUGGAGACGCUGGAAGAGGUAUUUCGACGUGUACACUUCAGGGAGAUCGAUCUUGAGGAAGCUUAUCUCGAUGAACCGGUUAGUAGUUGUUUACUGCAUGCGGACGACACUCGCACGGUGGCCGGACGCAUGCUGGACGAUCUCUGGACGUUGAAUUUUUUUUCUGUCUAAGUUCCAUUCUAGGGGAACCAUAAACUACAGUGUAAACUCGUGCGAAAUCUCCCAUAUUUAAGUAGUAUCACCCCUAGGUCGAAGGCCGAAUGAUUGAUAGUCGCACAACGUGGCCGUUAGGGCACCAAGGACCUACGCAUUUGCAGUCAAAUAGUGGCUGUUCGCAAUCAUGUUUUCAGUUAUUACUCUGCAAAUUAUAAUCGUGGCUUCGUAUUCUAAACGCUUAGGAUUUCCCGUUAGCUCACAUAAAGUUAGUGACCCAACUCAUGGAAAGUGUCGAAAUUAACGAGUGGUUGCUAAUCACUCGCAAACCGACACCAGUGCGUGUAACCAUUAUCUAUGUUAAUAUACAACAACUUAAGAGAAUUAGAGACAUAAAAGAAUUGUUAAAAAUAAUGUUGCCUUGUUUAUAAAUCCGGAGUUUUUCAGAAAAGCGAAAGUCCCGAAGACCUCGAAAAUGAUUGUAAUUGUGUAAACUGCAGUUUUCGAUGUACAGAAAGCCUGUCCAUACAAAACACUGAGUAAAUAAGAUGGUACAAAUAGAAUAACCUUUGAAAAUAAUCUUUUAUUGAAGUUAACAUCUAAAUAUCCUUUAGGAAUCAGUGUGAUUUCAGGUAUGGCGGUUUGCCAAAAGCCUACGCUCUGAGUAUAGAUUCCAAAACUAAUUCGCAAGGAUUCGUGGUAUUCUGUACGCCUUUGAAUUGAUUGAGAUACGGUUCAAUAGGGCAAACAGGUUUUCGCUCGAUUUCACCGGUUAGGACGUCAGAGAAACAAACGUUUUCAUAAGGGCAUAUGUAACCAGGCAAGUCAGUGACAGGUGCAAUCGUAAACAUACCAUUUUGUGGAUAUAACGAGGCAUUUUCUUCCGUAAAAUUAAUUUUCACCUUUCGUUUGCGUUGGUUUACGUUGAGUUUCAAACCAGCCUUGGAGUGUCGCUGAAUACUUCAUGAUUUUCAGUGCUUUCAACGGACUGGCCAUACAGACAGAUUCUGUAUUAUGUGUUUGUUAAAACCCUUAAAGCGAGAUGCUUCUUGAAGGCAUCUGUCGAUGUAGCGAGUGUCUAGGCGUUCUUCUUCAUGUAGAAAGUCAUUUGGGUCCCAUUUGAAAACUAACCGAAACAUGAAACGUCAUCGUCGAAUAAAGUCAACGCCCACAACAAGUUUGCCGCGGAUAUGCUUUCGACCAAUUAGAAAGCUUUCUGUAAUAAGUUGCCUUUUUAGGGAGUGUCUUAUUACUGCAUACCGUUGACGGAUGUCUGCGUACUUAAUUUUUUUACUCGGUGAAGCCAAGGAAGAAUUUGACACUUUUGACCGUUUCCUUCACAUUGCUAGAAAUAGUGAUAUUUUUCCACUGCAACCGUAAAAGCACGCCUUUCUCUUUAUAUUGCGUUCAUUUUCGCUCUCUUUGCUCACUUUUAGGCUGCGUUCUACUAUCAUGAGUGCUCUGCGGAGUGGCCAUAUAAAUACUGAUGUUUUGCUGAAACUGUUAGUGUUUUGCUCGUUCCAUUUCUAAAUUACGAAAAAUGAUGCUCCAUAUGUUCAAACCUGAAAAUAACUAUUCGGUGAUAGUGCUAUAAUUCUCCAAACGGCAGACCAAUGUCGGCCCAUUUAAACGAAUGAUUGCCUGUGUGCAUUAUUACUGCAUUCGAGGGCACGGAAUCGCACCGAUCUGGUGAUCUGACUUCUCAAAAUCGAUGAACCGUAUGGUUGUCUAAAGAUAGACUGUGUGUUAGCAAACUGAUUCCGACGGUUUGCAAUUGUCAAGUGCGGGAAGCUCUGAUCGAUAAAGCUCUCAAGAGUAAAUUACUCUUAUCUCAACGAAAGACACGCUCAGAUGCUCACCUGCAGUUUAAGAAGUCCAUUAACGUAGGAAAUUGCCCGAAUAUAUCGCAACGUCUAUUUUCUGUCUCAAAUUUAUGAACAUUUUGCUUGAUCAGGUCACAUGGACACAUCUUCCGCGCAAGAAAAGGACAUUUCAUUGAAGAGGCCAGACAAGCGAGCAAAAUGCGCAACCUUUAGGACAUCAAAAAAUUAUUGUGUCAGUUUCUGUCAUCAGGUUUCAGGAUAUAGGUUAUGUGCUGUAGUUUAGCUAAAGGAAGUACGUAACGUUCCCGCAAACUUGAUAAAACUGGAGUUAUUAAACGUCUAAGCAGACCAAGUGGAACAAGUUCGCCAACGGCGAUUUCUCAAAGGUGCAGUUUCGGUAUUCUUUAUACCCACUAGUUUGAGUGCGGUAAGUUUCCAUAAAAGAAGAAUUUAUUACAUUUUUAAAUAGGUCGGCUGAUAGCGCCACGCAUGCCCGUCUUUUACGAAUCCUCACAUCAGACGCCAUGCUCUGCACAACGGCUACAACAAAUUCAGCAGUAGAACUCAGAGCUGGAAGGCGUUUAAUGUAAGGACACUAGUAGGGAGCUGUAACAUACUUUGAACAUGAGCCGGUUCUCCGGGAGUUGCUUAGAUGUGGGUAUAGCUUUCCUGCGUGACAAAAAGUCCCCGAUUGAGGGAACAUUUCCUCGGCGCAUUUACCCAGUACAAUCACUUUCUUUCCGACGGCCAUCCCCACUCCUAGUUAAACCCGCGACCAUGGUUAGCACGACUCUUUACAAUAUGGCAUAACUCCAAUGCUCAGUGGAGGGAGGGGCUUUUCGCGGAAAUUUGCGGAUGUUGUUUGGCCGAAUUUGGCUGGCUGACUAUACCUGCCACCUGAUCUGAGAAUGGACCCGUUCUCUCAGACUCGGGCGUACUGUUGUCGUACUUACCUUCUGGGAAGAUAAAAGUCCUCUGUGUAAAAACAAUCGUAAUGCCAGUCGUCCGAUGGGUUUUUCAUUCGUCAUCGUUGUCUGUUCCCGCUUGCUCUGAUUGAGUAGCCAUUACGCUUCCUUUAGCUGUCUGUGGAUCAGUUAUUUUGGCUAGUAGUAUCACCCCCUGCAUUGAACUUUCUACGUUGGAACUUCCUGUAGUUGAUCGUGGCCGAAGGUUUUACGCCUUUUGUAGGUCUCUUAUCUCAGAAUCAGACCAGUGUUCCUGCGAAUGACGACAAAAGUGAUUUCUUCCAUUUUAGUUCUGACGUCCAUUAAGCUCUUCUUCAUCUAAUUCAACUCAGUGAUGUGUCAGACUGAAUUCUUAUCAACUGGCUCUGGCAGACCACCGAGGAAUCGCUGUGGGUUUUGGGUCUUGACUAUGUCGAUAACGUCACAGUGCUGUCCUUUUUGGACAGGAAGUUGCCCUCCCAGGCACCUUGGGCCCCUGGCGAUCCAGCCAAGCUAUGGCUCGCCAGGCAAAAUUGCGUGAGUCGGUUUAGCCGAGGGACGGUUUCCUGUAAUACUCGAAUUUGGGCAGUGGACGUCUGCAUCCAACCCUCCAACACACAAGCCCCAGUUUCUGGGAUUGUGCCGUACUGCAGAUGAAGCGUUAUUAGAUCAUGGAAAACACCUACCAUAUGGUAAUACCGCUGUGGCCACUGGCUUCUGAAGGCAACGCAUCUGACAGGUCGGGGCCUAGCCAUGCCUGAAGGUGUUGUCGUUGCACGGCAUGUUGACUGUAUUUUGGACAGAUAGCAGAACCAACUUAUUUCACAGCCGGCCUUCGCUGGAGACAGUUUAAGUAUCGAGAACCCUCGGAGGCAGUGUUGGCGUUCCGCGCUGCAGACAUGCAGCGAGUUGUUUCCCUGGUACGCGCUAAAGCAGCCAACUUCUACUGAAUAAUAAAUUUCUGUAAAUUCUGGAGGGGUUCCGCACUUGCUGAUGCCUGCGCGAUGUUCUGAUGUUAGCUUGCAGCAUCCGCUAUCUUAGAGUGCAUUUUCUGCUUAAAAAUCAAAUCGAGCAUCGCAUAAACUAUGCGCUCAAGGCUUCUCUUUUAAAAUGAUGGAAGCCUGUACAAGAGGCACGAUAUUAGCCAAGAGGCCAAUAUGAUGGUCUCGAAACCUCUCGUCAGAACGUUCUGUUUACAUAGGAAAGAGGGCCUGUACACUCUUAAAUGACAUCUUCCGCCUGUAAGUGUUCGGUCUUUUCCGCGUAUGUUGUAUUGUCAGAAUUUGCCUCCUGUCGCGUUCCCAGCGGGUAUCUGUGCAAUCCGCAGGGAAAGAAACCUGUACAUUCAAUUCUCGCAGACUCAUCCAAAAUGUAAUUUCCUCCAGGCUCGGUAUUCACUCGUGACAGAGUCGGACUGGCCCUCAUAUAGCCUGCGUGGAAGUAAUGAAACGGAUCGCGGGCUCAUUUCCUGGUCAACUUCUGAAAACGUAGACGGCUAGCUCACGAAAAAGCUAAAUCUCUACCUGGGGUUCUGCCCUCUAUCGAACGCAAUGUGAGGUGCUUAUUCGGAACGUGAUUCAGCUUGCAGCGCAGUCUUUUAACGAGUAAGUAAUCUGUGCUUGGUGGGAGACUGGAUUCUCCCUCAAAACCGCAAUUUACUGUACAUCGUAGCAGUUAGGUCUGACGCCGCAAAACGCACACACCUGCGAAUUAUAUUAGCCAUCUGACUGUCACCGCUUCUUCCGUGUCGUAGUUUUCAAAAUAGGCACCAAAUACAUCCUCCAAGUAAACAUUUUCAACUCAAUAGGAUGCCCUGUCAAAACUCAAGAACUCUGGAACCUCGUCCUAUUCCUGUGACCCGCUCACUACAGUUUGAAAAGGCAGUUUGCGAUUUUGAGGCUUUACUGACUUACAGACCGCCGUGGCCUAGCUGAAGUUGUCUGCUUGCGUGUUUGUGUACGCACACGAGCGUGUGAGCUCCCACUCCUGCAACCCUCACCCCGCCCGCAACGUUCGCCCACUUUUGGGUCUUCACCCACCUGUCGCCCUCCCCAGCUCUUUGCUCGAAUGUAUAUUCCCUAUGCGUCUGGAGACCGACGAACUGGAGAAAUAACCAACCUUUUACGCACGCGCAGUCGGCUGUCACUGCAGCAUCGGGGAAUUUCUUACGAAAAGUCUCGUACCACUCCUCGCUCAUUGGUCGCCUUCUUCAGCCUGCGCCUCUACGGCUUCGGUGCCAGUCCUCCUGCCUGACUGCGCAUUGCCGUGUGUCCGCCUAUGGAGUCCGAGACGUGUCGUACAUCCUGUCGAAGUUACUGCAUUUUUUCUCUUUAGUCCUGGCCUCCAGGUAGUCGCUUCGUGUGACCCUUGGACCCUGUUCGCUUGACACCUUUAUGUGUUAGUCACAAGUACCACCAAGAAUCCGUCCUCCCAUUUUUUUUCUUGGCAUGCGAAGAUAAUGCACUCGAACAAACCAAGCUGACCCACUUUAUCUAAGGAUCUUCAUUGGGGAAAAAGUGGCUUUUCAAGUUUAUUUCCUAUCUGCCAACACAUAUGAUUCAGUACAGUAGUGUGGCCAGUAGGUGAUACAAAAUAAGAACUGGACUGGUCAGUUUUAACCUGCUACGCAGAGGUGGGCGACAGAGUAAGUGUCCGUAGAGGUCGUCUGGGCUGGCGUCUUGUCCUUCCUCCUGCUCGUUUAACUGGUCUUUACGUAUAUGCUAUGUUCAAGAUCGCACCCGCUGAAGCCGACUCUUGCACUAUACUUUAUAUAAUCGUCCAAGUCCGUCAGUGGAAUUCAUUCCGGGGACAGGGCAUUGAAAAUCGACCUAUUAAGCGGGCAGACAAAGCGAUCAGAAGUAUGCAUAGGAGGAAAGCUUGGUCGAUACCGUGCUACAACUUCGCUACGUUUUAUUACUCAGCGAGAAACGUAACUGUGCUAGUUGUUUGGUCAGCAGAGUCCGGAGAAUCUGCUCACCAGAUCGCAUCCAAAAGGAAAUAGAAAUAACCCAAGGCAUGUUAAGGGAAAACGGCUACCCAACACUGCUCAAAACUGUAAGUUUUUGCUGAGGGAAGCAAAAAAGCCAGUGUUGUGAGGUUCUUCGUCAAUAGGCAUUCUCAAGGCGAUGAACCCAGCUGACUAAAAGGGGAUGGUUGGUCCAGACCUGUUCACACGCUUUUCCUGCCGCUUAAGUCGGAGCACUGCACCCUACAAUUACUGAGGACAAAAAACGCAACUGUCAGCUCAAACGACCUCGUGUUUGUGCUUUCUCCAUCGCGUCGCAUCUUUAAAGCGGGCUCACAGGCCGUAAGAGUUAGCGCUCUUCUAAAAAAAACACGAGAGCUUAUGUCGGCAUGGCUUGAGAAAUAGUGCAUCAUGGACACUCAAGAGUUCUCUUCCUGCCCGCCUAGCAGACAUCAGCCACCUGGUGGACGCCAAUGAGGCCUUCCAUGUGGUCAGUAGAGCUCCACGGCAUUAUCUGACGUCAUCAUGGCAGUGCCUACCAGUCACGUUGGAGUCGACGUUAAGCCCCCCAGUCAGCCCUGUUUUCCGCACACAAAAAUUGCGUCCAGAUUGCAGUUUCUGCCUCUGCCAACUAAACUACCGAAGACCCGCGGGCGGUCUAGCGCCAUGACACUUUAGCCCAUAUCUUCGCCGUCCAUGGUCAAAGGCUUUCAGAAUCAUAAAAACCCAAGGAAUUACCAACCCCAUUUUGAAACUAACCCAGAUACUAUCUGAGAAAGACUAUACGGGUCUGAUAAGAAUCGACCGUAACCAUCUGUAUUUUGAAUCGUCUUUUUUCAACUUUUGCGAAAAAACAUUCGUGAAGUUCUGGUUUUUGGUCGGAAGGCACGCUUACUGCAAGUAAUUCUAGUUGUUUUAAGGGCCGCUGCUGUCUUUGGGCGACCUUUAUCCUUAUGAUGCUAAUAUAAACCGUAGACUUUCAUAUUUACCUUCUUCUCUGUAGUCGGCCACCGCACUGUUCGAUAUCAUGCUAUACUACGAAUCCUGUAUCGACUUGUCAAUCACCUUUUCCGUUGAUCGGACGCUUCCAAGCACCGCGUGGCAACGCUGUGUUGCUUUCCUUCGGAAGGUCAGUUCUUUUAUCCUUUCACCUGUACCAUCUGCAUGUGAGCCUUUUAAAUCCUCUUUACCGCCUUUUGUCUCCGUUCCUUUGGCAUUUGCAGUCCUCCGCUCUGCGCUUCUUCAAACUCUCGCACACGCCUCUUGCCGUGCAUCACUUUAUGGGACUCAACUUGUCGGGUCUCUCCCUAGAGAAAAUAUGCUUCCGCGACUGCAACCUCUCCGGAGCCGUACUCUUCGAACUUGUCCGGUGGUUGCGCUACCUUAUGACACUAACUGAGUCCUCAUCUGCCUUCCUGGGCACCCGCUCAGGUGAUCGAGUCGCCACCGCCGAGGGCUCACAGAAGCCCGUUCGCAACGGUUCUCGUCGCUAUCCCCGCCUCUCUCUCCGCGGCCCACAAGUUCCCGGACUGUGGGCCCUUAGUCUCCAUCUGCCCGAGAACCGGAUAACCUCUGUCGACGCGGAGACCUUGCUUUCAUUGAUUCGUCACCAACUGGUCAUUCUUCCUGGUCCACCAACACCCUGUAAAGCACGCAAUGGUUUGACUGACGAUUCACCCGAUGAUUUCCAAGUUGAAAAUCGACCUAUUGGAGGCAGCGGAUAUCUGGUUGAACUUAAUCUUGCUCAAAACAACUUUCGGGUAGGGCGACACGCUUCUCUCUUGACCUUGUGGAUAGCAUAAACCAGUAGACUUUUCCAACUUUCACCCACUAACUUGCCGCGUUCGGUUUUAUUUCGGAGAUUUUCCUACACUGCUGCCAAAAUUCACUGGCGGAAAGCUGAUGGCUGAGGAGAUAACAUAGUUAUCUGGACGUAGGGUCAGGUUAUUACGGCUCCGUACCAGCUCCCGCCGUCGGACUUAAGAGUUAGUGAAAUCUGACUCAUAAGUUAGUAGACCAGCAGGUCCAGUGUCCACUGUGUGUAUAGCCAUAACGGGAACAUGGGAUGUUGUAGACAACACCUUUUCAAUCGAGAUAGCCAACCCUGUCCUUAGGGUGUACAAACUGUGUACGCAAGAUGGUUGCAGGUUGGUGUGCUAUGUUUAUCUGAUGCUCCUUCGGUUGUCUUUCGACGAGCUCAGAUACAUUUUUCACGUAUAGGGGAGUCUGCCAGGUGAAUGUUUUUGGUGCCUCGGUGGUCGUAGUUUUCGAAAUACCUCUCUGUUUAAACCCAUAUUGCAUGCAAUGACGUACAAAGCCGCGAAGGUUCACGUUAUGGGAAAAUAAUUUGAAGAGGUAUUUCAUUUCUGCUUGAUAACUUUCUUUAUCAGAGCAGUGUGUUUUAGCUCGCUUUAGUAGGCUAUAGACGAUACUCCUCUUGUGAAAGACGGGAUGGUCAGUCUUAAAAUGUAGGAUGAUCUCUGAAUAUGUUUCUUUGCGAUAAACUGAAGUGUGAAGGGAUCCACCAGUUUUUCGGAAAUGGAACCCGUCCAUCAACCUCUGUUUCAAAAGUGAACUUGAUUCCUGGAAAUGUAGAGUUAAGAUUCGUGUGAAGCAGGAACUAGUGUACCUAUAGAGCCAUGCCAGUCGCGAGAACGAUGCAUUUCUGCAGGAAAUUCACAUACACAAUUUAAAAAAAUGUACAACAAGCAGACAGUUGCACCGCCAACGUAGAGUAUCAGGCAUUUUUAUGGAUUAUUAACCCGUGCGGUGAAGAACGUGACAAAUAUAUCAACUUACCUGUGCUUAUGGGUAAACGGUGAUUGAUCAAUCUCUUUUUUUUCUAUUGAAAUGAAUUGCACACGGAAAAAAGUCCACAUUUAUGAGUCCGCACAGGUAAAGCAAGGUAUUUAUAACUUCCAGCCGCCACCAGUUUACGUUUUACAGAAAGUACUAACCUGCUUGAUUAUGUCAGUGAAAGUGUUCUAAUCUUACUGCAUACUCCAAGAAUUCGAAUUACCCUAUUGAAGUUUGCCGUGCAUACAUGAACGUGCCGUUCGCUCUUUCCCUUUUUUAUCAAUUUACUCAGGAGGAUAUAGUUUCAGCAAUUCAUAUCAACAAUCUCGGUGACGUCACAUCUGUAAAAGUGUACUUUAAUAAGUGCGAUUUGUGUAUCUGCCUCGUUCGUUAAAAUUUGAGCAGUUUCACCGCGUGGGUAAUGGUGUCGACAAAAGGUACCUAUUUAUAUGAGGGAAUUUCGAGGUGCAGAAGUGCAGUGUUUUUUUAUUUUCAUUUCAUCACUUGAAUAAAUAAAAUGAGUCAUUCACAUGAAUGCCACUUUUGCGUAGACAACAGGCACCGUCUUUCAGCUUGGGAUUACCUUGUGGAUCUAAGCAUUAACUGACGAGUGCUUAUUUAUAGACAGGAUCUCGCGGCACGUAUAUUUGAGUUUCUUCUUACUGCGAAUUCUCCCUACCUGCCCUCCUGACUAUUUCUCUUGGGUAAGAGCUGAACAAAGAGACGGCGUGAAAAGAUAUUGGUUUGUCCUCUGAGGAUACACUGUCACGCCCCCCCCCCCCUGUCCAUGUGUUACAGGUGCAGCUACAUGCUGCGAUCUCUGGCACCCUCUUCACUGUUUUGAGAUCCAUUUCAUUCGCCAGCGUUUUUAUAGACGCAUGGGUGCAUAUUACGUGUCCUUUCUUGAUACAUCCCAUUUCUCUUACACCACCGCACAGGACGAAGGUGUCAACAUUCUCUGCACCGGUCUCCUGCAGGCGUAUCGAAUGCAGCAACGCCGCCUAGAGGUUGCCACCGCUGCAAUUGCUGAAGCGACUGAGGGCAAGAAGACCUCCAAACCACCAAAAUCACCCGCCACGGAAGACACAGAACCGACUGACGGGAGUGCGGGCACGGAAGGAGAGUCAUCGAAGCCAUCGGUCCGCCUGAAACUGCCUCCAUCUUGUGCACUCCCCAGUGUCCGCGGAUUGGAGCGGCUCUGUCUCUCAGAUAACGGUCUAACACCUCUCUCCGCUCGAGACCUGGCCCACGUGGUCGCCCAGUCUACCGAGCGCAUGGCACCCCUCAUUGGCGGCCUUACGCAUCUCGAUCUCAGUAACAAUCCGGGCCUCGGAGACGAGGGUGUAGAGGUGUUGUGUGAGGGUUUGAUAAAAAAUUGCACUCUUCGUGAGCUGAUCCUGCGGAAUGUGAGAAUGGGAUUUGGAGGUGUGUUCACUUGCUCUUUUGCCUUUCGCUCUCUAAGUUGUAGUUGGGAUGGGAAUCACUGAAGAGGAUAUUUAUGUAAAGAAGAUGAACACACGAUCUCUGAGACAGAAGGUGUAUUAGCCUGAGCUUUCGGUCUCGUACAGGAGGCCACCGUCAGAGGCUGGGAAAAUGCGACAUCAAAUGAGCAGUUUUUAUAGUCAAGCGAUGAAGGGGGGAUAUGAGUGCAGAGGGCGGUAUUCGCGAUAAGCUGAGUCCCACGCCGUCUUACGGCGGCGUGACAGUGUACAGCCUUGGCUGAAAAGUGGGUCUCGCCUCUUGGCCGCGGGAACGGAGCGCGUGAUAGCAGGGGGUAUGUCAACGUGUCUGUUGAUAGAGUUGGUGUCAGACACCCAGGCCUCCAACAGUCUCUGACGAUGGCCUCCUGUACGAGACCGAAAGCUCAGACUGAUACACCUUCUGUCCCUGAGAUCGUGUGUUAAUCUUUACAACAAGAACCUGGGAUUCGCAUAUUUGCUUCCAUCCGAUGAUAUUUAUGUUCAUCAUAACUGACUCCACAGUUUGCUGUUUUCACUAAUGUUGGCAUUAAAGGGCGUUAAGACUAUUACUUCAAACACUUAUUUUGAGCAGCUCAUACACAAAAGAAAACUGCCAGGGCAGGAAAAUCUGCGACAAGGAGAAAUCGCACUAAGAGUCCGCCGUCAAUUCACGCUGGUUGCCAUACCGGCGGAGUUGUCACAGACUCGUCGGCCAUGAAAAUAUCUCGAAAACCUGUCCCAUAGCGAAUACGCGUAUUUUGGGCAUAAAUUUUAUACCCGCAUCUGAGCCCAUUGCUCGCGAGUUUGAGGCUUUUUCCUUAUAGUGACCUCGAUGACUGCUAGGUUUUUUGUGCUGACGCAGCAGGCUUGCAAAUUAUUGGCACCUUCCUCUAUUUUUACGCGGAAUAUUCCGUCUUUUUGACGUCCUGUUUACAGAUUCCUGACCGUGUUGCACUCUACGGGGGCACUUUUUGCGUCCAACCAAUACUGUGGUGUACAUUGUAAGCUCGACGCUUACUUCACUCGGCCAUGUGAUCAUGCUGUCGACGCAAGAAUGGGCUCAGAUGACGCAAUGGCAUGAACACCCGGCGAACGUUUUUUGCGACCCGACGCUGUAUCUUAAGUGCUUAUACUCUCAGCGGUCUCGUUUCUCACCUCGACUUUACACUCUUCGCCAGCCACUCCUUUCACAUGCAGCACAGACCCUAAUGCGAAUUGCAACUCACGAAAGUGCAAACACGAGUCCAUCGGCCGAAGCUGGCAUGUUUACUUGCUGUCAAACUUCCGCUCACUUGCGCAGCGCCAGGCCUGCUCUCAGAGAUGGAACAUCACCCCUUCUGCACAGGAUGCAUGUCUCCUACCGACGAUUGCCUGCAUCGGCUUCUAAACGGGACUUGGGCAUGAUCGUCAGGGGUGAAGUACGCCUACUGUCUCGGUCGUCACGCCUCGGCCGAAGUCACUGGCCCUGCGGUUGCCAUAAACCGCAGCUUUGCUGGCUUAGGCCAGUUUUAGAUGAUUGGGUUAGGAUAUUCCUAAGGAUUCCAAUCUUGGAUUGGAAAUCUGGUUAGAUGUCGAGUACAGUCAGAGGAAUCUAGAGCCUUGUACGGCCUGCUUUUGUGGCUUUCCCUUAGUUCUGCCAUCACGCCCACUCCAAUGCCCAAUUGAUCUUUGGUCAGUACCUUUAGUUCUCAUCAACACCGGAUGGAGUAUUGGCAUUCUUUGAAUGCCUGCUGCUUUAAUGUCGAUGUCCUUGAGGUCGAAUCUUGUAACAAAUCCCCCCAGUCUGACACCAGUUUGCCUGAUAGGACCAUACAUUCCUUCCUGCUGGGGUCCUUAGAAGUAAGAUCAGAUCGGAUUUCAAGAAGCCGCAUUUUUCGCAGUGUUAACUAUCACCCAGGAAUACCCGGAUGGAUAUUUAAGGACAUAGCCCGUGAUGCUAUGAUGAAACCUCAGUUAACACGGUAGUUUCCACUCAGCGCAUCUAACCCGAGGCCGGUAUCUCAUUAGUUCGCUGAUUGUUUCAGCUGCAAGCUUGUGUAGUGUGGUAGAAUCAGGUCAGUCUAUCCGUCAGUAGUUGGUUGCUGAGCCAUAGAAAUCAUAAAUUGAGGGGUUACCGCAGAGGGACUCCCUGACGUGAAUGAGAACUGGAUUGUACAAAGUUGGAUUCGGCGGCAAAUGAGCCAAUGAAAUAGAUCAAAGCAGAAUUUCAGAUCGAUCAUUGCGCCCAUUUUCAUCUCGAUUUGUCAUGCCUCAUUCUUGCUGCAGUCCGAUGAGAUCCGGAUUGAAGUGUUGAGUACGACGUUGCCCAAGUAUUCCUUACUAUGGUUCAAUUCACGUGUUACCGUAUUGCACGGUUCUUCUGAGGCUUUGUCAACUGUUCUGCUGUUGAAGGCGAAGUUGCAACGACUCCUCAUUCAGGCCAUUAUAAUGUCUUCGAUUUUGAUUCUUGUUGAGAGUUCUAACCAGUAAUAUUUGCCCUCUGAAUGGGCCACGUGGUAGAUGCGCUGGACCAACGUGGGGACCAUAUCGGAUUCUGGCAGGCGUUAUCGGAAUGCACACCAUAACAAAUGCCGAUAUUUCGGAUUGCGAUGACAGACUCAGUUGCCGGCAGCCGUCGCGCACAUUGGGACAUUUUCCGCCCCCAUUUUUGUUGCUGGUUAAAAUCCCGGUCAUUUGCUGUGUGGACCGGGGGUUGCGGAGUGAAACGCCAAGGUGCGGGCUUGACCGUGCCAUCCACCUGCGCCCUCUCCCGCCGGUCUUCUUGACUCUGUCUUGACACCGGGCCCAGGGGAGGGGGGAGGAGAAAGUGCAGUAGAUGCUGCUCAAGUCCACUAUCACUAUAAGCCACAUUCACGCGCAAGUCCCCGUGCCUGCUUCACCUCGCUGUAGAGCAUGCGGGGACAUCGUCGGUAACGACGAUCGAGCCAGUAAUAUCUAACGAUGCGUGUAGCUCGGAGCGGUGUGCCCGGCUAGCCACUGCGUGUCAUCUCAUUUUGCAGCCGACCUUAACUAGUCGCUGCGGUCAGUCUUCCUAAAGGUCUUUCGUGUUCACGUGGGCUGAUCCUCGUCACCGUUGCUGGCUAAUCUGUUGUUGUUGGCUGCGGACUCUUUCUUUUGUUCAUAUCAAUAACUGCUUUUCGACACUCUUUGUCUGCCUACUGAUUAUCAUCUUGACCUUUCGCGAUGGAGUGUGGAUUACUUAGUCCAUCAACUUGUUUUCGUAGGUAUCUUUGCCCUGUCAGGCUAUCUUGGUGAAUCAAAGUCCCUGGUUCUCCUGGACAUUCGGCAGAAUUCGAUUGACUUGGCCGGAGUUAUGGCACUAGCUAAGACCAUGACGAUCAACGAAAGCCUCACCAGUCUCCUCUCCGAUGCGCGAAAUCCUUUCAUACCGGUUGCGUCCGUAAGUUGCCGGCCUUCCUUAAAUGCACGUCCAGUAAAUAUACAGGACAUUUCUUAUCUCCACCUUCUUUCUUGCGCAUGAGGCCGUCCAAGUCGGGUAUUUCGUGUUGCAUUCACCCCGACUUGGUCUAUCCAGCGCCUAUAAUUUUCAGUUAGAGUGAUUCCCCCUCGAUCUCGGGGGUUACGUUCCAACACCCCCACGACAAAAGGUGAAAAUUCGCGAAGUAAAAACUGUAUGCUUUUAUGGUUAUUCUUCAUAUUUCAAAUCAUUUUAGACCUUUCCACAUUUUUAUAAAUAUUUCCCACAGUUAUGCCGCAUAAACCCUUUGUAUUCUCCUAGAUACUAGGUAAGAUUAGCAGAACGUACGCACGUAAACAAACAUCGCCUGCAGAAAUCCGUAAAUUAGCGAGAAACCCACAAUAGACUGAAGCCGCGUAAAUUUAAGAACGAUUUAGCGAGGGAUUACUGCAUGCUUCGGAGCUCUAGGAAGUAUAUUCUGUUUACAACAAAAAGGAAGCCGUAUUACGGCAAUUUUUUAUGAAACACUAUAGUAUGACCCCGCUAACCCUUUUUUCUAGUGCCAAGAAAGCAGGCUCACAGCUUUUGUCCUCGCGAUGCAGCCUGUACCACUGUUCCAAAAGGCGGCUGCCGACCAUCUUUGCGUCCGACCGUUCUGAGCUAGCUUGGUUUUCCUGUUAAAUUUCAUUUAAUUAUUUUUCCCAUUUUAGAAGGACGCAGGCUUAAUGCAGACCUUCUUAGCUGAUCUGGACAACUGCCUACGCCGUAACCGUCAUUCAGCAUUGAAACAGAAGUUAGAGCUUCCGUCCGAAGGGGCAGUUCAACUUGCAACCACCAACUCUGCUCCCGCUGUUCACAACAACGAGAUGUCUGCGGUCAUUGUUGCCACAGACGACACCGAUAACUUGUCCAGAACCGAUGACCAUCCUGCGUCCGAAAAUAAAGAAGACGGAGCUGUGGAGGAUGCCUCGAUAACCGCUGAUUCUUCACCGUCUCUUCGUUACCAAAGUCAGUCUCCAGACGCCCCGAACUUGUUUGAGCAGUGUCAGACACAAUUGCCUGAUCAGCUUAUCAUGGGUAGAGAAGAGUGUGAAGUCGAAUCACAGCAUACGAACCCUUCUCCGUUGUAUGAUGAUCCCUCCAACUUAGCGAACUCAGAAGGUGAUCAGUUGCAGGCUGAAGAAGAGCUAAUUCCAUCCCCACCAUCGUCCCACUGGCCGCCACUUACGGUAGAUGAGUACGAAGAUUAUGUUAGUUCUGACCCCCUCAGACUGCUUGAAGAGGGCACUUCCCCAGUUUUAAACGGCCUACAAUCGCUUGAGGAGGUAGAACAUGCACCACCGCUGCCGUCACUGCCAGUUUCGCUUGAUAGUGAGAGGGAUGUUGGUGCUACCCUGCCGUUUGCCCUUUCAACAGACACUAGAGCCAAAGUUCGGCGCAUAUCAGAGAUAUCGUCUGCCGAGAGUCCUGAGGAUGAUUCUCCCCAAUUAUCUGGCGAGGAAGAGGAGAUUUUUCUUGCGGGAUCCACGGAGGAGCAAAAAGAAACGGUUGAUGUGGCUCACGAAAUUUCACAGGCCCUCAACCAGGACGUCCCUCCCCUACAAUUCGGUUUUGGACCUGAUGCAACUGCUCCACGUGAUUUGGCACCUGUAGCGGGAUUACUGCCUGCAGAGGAAGUCGAAAAUUUGCAGUCUUCAUCAGAGGGAAACAAAUCGCCAGAUGCACUUCGGGAGACACCAAUGGAUGAUUCAUCGACGUCCAACCAGUGCUCGCUUCCUUCUCCCUCUUCAUUGACACAGAAUCUGAUUACUAUUCAAGACCCAAGUCUUAAUAUCACCACAGCAGAGAUGUUGGCUGGUGAAACCUCGAAUGUUACUAAGGCCCCCUACGCUUCUCAGAUUUAUUCUGACGUUUACACUGAAGAAAAUGAACUCCACGAGGUUUCUGAAUCUGUUCAGAACCACUCUCUCGACCAUAACGGACAGGCCGAUGCGAGUAACAGUGCACAAGCCCCUGUCAUUUGUGCGGAGACCGAAUUUCACCCAGCUUUGCCUGAUAGUCCCAUGGGGUCCGAUAGCACGUUCUGUGGUACUUACCACGCGAUGGAACCCGUUUCCUCUGUUGACCAGCCGAAAGCUCCAACGCCUAUUUUAAAAACGGUGAACUGUCAUGAUCUUGCUCUGGACGCAAGCAAAGUCGACGGUCUGACCAGUUCUCUUAUGGAAAAGACAAAGACGCAAGAGGAAAGUUUUGAUCAUGUUGAGUCUGCACUAACGGCUUCAUCUGCACUAGACUCAUCGUGCUCUAACCCCAGCCCAGACGACAUUCCCUCAGACUACCGGGAUCAUAUGAUUGACGGGACUUCCGGUGUUUGUUGCCUUGACAACCCUCCGCACCCACUCACUUCUGAUGAUUUGAAACAAUCUUUGAUUAAAGAUCCGACCCAGGAUGUAGACUUGACAUCAGAUCAACGAACUCCUCCUGGCGAAUUUCAAGCAUCGACGUCGCUUGUAGGAGGCAACAUAGAGAGUGUAUCUGAUAAGGUGGGACAACUAUCGAUCGAAAUCGAUAAGCCCAUUCCAAUGCAAGGGGCAGGCGAAUCCAGUGAGAAGACCCGAGAGGAGGAAAACUCCACCCUCUGUGAAGCUUCUGGUUUUACAGGGGCUCUGACAAGGGAUAACAAGGGAGGACCUGAAUUUGAUCGGCGAUCAAACUGCUCCGUGAUGGAGGCUGCGGUUGCUUUGGACCGAAUGGAGUCUGUGGCAAAUCUGGACGAGGACCUCGCUGGUAAUGAGUUGUUCGUUAACGUCAACCGAAAUGAGUAUGAAGGUAGUUUUACAUCUUCAGAUGGAACGUGCGUGCGUGUAGAGCCUAUCACCGAACCGAAGCCCGAUGUUCAACAGUGUACGAGGCCUCCAUUGGUCCUUAACUCGUCCUUCGCUGAAGAUCAAAAAGACGAAGGUGAGCAAGCAGUAGUAGAGGGAGAAAACUCGUCUUUAGUGAGUGCAGUUGACCCGUCACACCACUCAAGUUUAAAUGCCGAUUCUUAUCUGUUCGAAGAAACCUCCGCCCGCCCGUCAUGCGAUGCUGGAAGUUUUCCCACUGAUGGUUUACCUGAUCGGUCGAAACAGACUUUGAAUAAUGCCUAUGUCAGCGUCCCCCGGCCCGAUAAUACCAUCGGACGAGGGGGUUAUUUGGAGGAGCACUGGUCCUCGUUGACACCUGUCUCUGACGUUGCUACAAAAAUGAGUGCGGAACCAGUACAUUCAGCCGACCAAAGUGGCAGAAAAGAUGUUGUUAAGUCGGAUAUGGCUGAAUCGACCGAAGAGUUAUUCAGCUCCGACCUCUGGCCCCAAUCUGGAGAGGCAGGCGGAGAACCCCUGACGAGCUCUUCAAAUGCACAAGAAAUGUCUCAGCUGAAGAAAGGUCGAGAGAACCAAGAGUGUAUGACAACUGACAGUAUGCUGGUGGGAAACAGUAUCCAACAGUUACCCUGCACUCCCAGUGUUUCCAACCCCAUUACCGUCUCUUCGGAGGCGGAUACCUUCGACAAGGAUGAAAAUCCUGCUCUAGAUACACGGUUAUCCUUCACCGAGACUGCGUUUGCAUCCUCAGAGCCAUCUGUUGAGGCCUGCGUGCCAAGUCGACAUGACACCUCCCACCGGCCCACAGAUCCGGCGGCAGUACUCGACCCCUCUGACCUUCGCACUUUAACACCACCGUUUGAACCAAAGCAUAAUCGAACCUCGGCUGCCGACAGUAAGGAAUUCCCACCAUCGCCACUGUCUCUGCAUGGUGUUUGCUCAAUGGACGGUGAUUGCUCCACGCCUCCACACAAAAUUAUGAAUCCCACCCUAUAUGUUAACCCGCCUGUGCCCGAUUCUUGGGAGGACGAGAACUGGGGGGACUUUGAGAGUGACGAACCCCAACUGAGUGCGGAAUUCGGAAAAGAUUUAACUCAGGUUGGUUCUUGUUUGUUUUUUUUCUCCUUAUACAUUGCUUUUUUGGAAAUCCAUAUCCCUACCCUAGUUGGAAAAGCCUGUGCACAUUGACUCCACCCUUUACUACUUUAAAUAAUCACAACUGCUCCCCCCCUACCCAAGUUUUCAUGCGUUCGUUUGCAGAUGGCUGUCGGCUUAUCUGCGUGGUGGGAUUCACAGGCCGGUUGUUUCCGGAACUUCGUAAACCGUCUCCAUUCCUAGUGCAUGCGCACGAUCCCGGAUGUCUUAGUUCGGUCGUCAUAACUCUCCGGGAUUAACUUUUGCCUAUCGUACCUUCCCCUCUGCAUCGUAUACUGCUCUGUUUGUGCCUGGUUGUACCUCUGAGCGGCGCCUACGUAAUUGUUAACACAAUCGAAACAGUUGAUUCCUAAGCAAUUGCUGGAUAUGGGUUUAGCAAGAUUAGGCAUGCCUUUAGAGUAAGUUAGGAUUUAGGUUGACCUUGACCAUCUAAAUUCUGUUGCUCAGCAGACUUUCGGGUUAUGCCGAUACUGUGGGAACGAGCGCUAUUCGCUGCGUCGUCUGGCGACGCAGUACAGUUUAAAAUACUUGUCAGAACUGGUUAAUUUUCGUAGAUUUGCCUUCCUACUUGGGAACUAACUUCUUUUUUUAUUGUGAUGGCUGUUAGACAGCUCUUCCACCAGACUAGUUCGCUUGAUACAGACCAUUUUCCUUGUUGCUCCUUCAUCUUCAGUCAGAAACACCCUUAAUUGUGGUUUCUCAUUGACCCGUUGUUUCUUCUGACCCCACCACAGAUGUCACUGGAGUUCUCGAACACGUCGGGGUCACCUUCCACUGUUUGUGGUCAUCAUAGCCAUCCGGUGUCGACGCUUCCUGACGAAGUUCCUGACCCAACCACCGGCAAGACCCAUGUUGACUGA